AUGCAGAGUACAAGCAAAGAGCUGGCCACCCUUGAUUUGCCGCUUCGAGUUCUUCACCUGGAAGUGGAGCUUGCAGCCAUGUUGACGUCGACCGAUAUGAUGAAGCUUUUCCUCACCAGUCCUUUGCUCUCUGAGCUGAAGAUCACGCUCCCCGCCAGGGCAGAGAUCGAUGCAGUGUAUGAGAUACUGAUAAGGACGGCAGCGAGCGGUGAGCGAUUGGAAACCUGGAUGAUCAAGUCGAACGACGGUUAUGCGAUAUCGAGUCGGUUGGAAGGAUUCAGCCAAGUCGACGAACAGGACAAUCAAGCAUCGCGAGAAGUAGAGACAGUCGAGCUUCAAGUCUCAGGAUCUCAGUGGCCUCUUUGUUUCCGUAGCUCUCAUAUGUCGAGACUGAUGGUAUCGCUUGGACCCAAAGGCGUCGACAACAGCGUCAGCGGGAUGCUCGGCAUUCUGUCGUUGGCGGAUCGACAGUUUUCCCGUUUGAGCUACCUGAAGCUCACCUGCCCGAUCAACAACUUUUUCGACUACUUGAGGGGCGUCGUAGCGAUUAGGACGGUGACUCAAUUCGACCUUCAGGACUCCACUUCCAACAGAACCAUUCUUUCGUCUACUUUCGGCGCUGCUCCCGUUGUCAUUGCCUUCCUCUCCGAAAUCUCGACUGGGGAUUUUCUCAGCACCUUCAGAGGUAUCUUCUCAGCGUAUCACUUGAAGGUGGAGAUCGGUUUGUACGAGGGAGAGCAACCGGAGUUCAACGUUUCACUGGAUCGUCGCGCUGAGGAUGAGGAUAACAUAUUUGGACGAGUUGUGCUGGAUGCUAGGAGGGUGUCGUGCAAAGAAGUGCUGGAGUUGUUGGACGUCAUCGGUAGCAUGGGAAGAGUCAAUGGUGGUUUGGUACUCCUAUUCAAGUGGUGGACCGAGCGCACUUCCAGCACAGGACGGGAUGACGAAAAGGGUGGAGAGCAGCAAGCGAUUACCGACGAUAUUUUAGGCGACAGCGAGACCAUGGUCGUGUUGGUCAGGUUGUUGGCCUGGAGAGUUACCGAGUUCGACAUGAAUUAUGAGACUAUGAUGGCACUGGUUCCUUUGGUAAAGGCAGAGGUUGAAAGAGAAUACUUUGGGUGGUUGAAACCCUUCUCACUUCUCCGUCACUACAAUGUCGACUGCGCGGACGAGACUUUGCGAUCGGACUUUCUAAAGUUCCAGUCGCUAAUCCCUAAGCACGCCAAAGGCUCGUUCUGCGAUCCGAAGUCCGUCUUGCGUCGACAUAACCUAUCAUCCUCCGAGGUCUAG